ACUGAAACACGGCAGCUAGCUUGCAUGGUGGACAAAAUAUCUGUUCAGGCCAGUUGGGUUGCUGUUUUUUCGGGAAGCUGCUGUUCACUUUUGCUAUUACAAUGGACAGGGACCUGAAUCUCAACAGGGCAGAAACCUUUUCCUUCAUCAACCCCUGGAUCCGUUAUUUUCUGUUCUUCUUCAGCUUCUUAUUUUGGGUGUUCUCCUUGCUUAUUGUUGCUAUAGGAGUAUAUGCUAAAGCCCAAAAGGCAACAGACACAGUUCGAGAUGCGUUCCUCAUUGAUCCAGCCAUCAUUUUGAUAGUGGUGGGUGUUGUCAUGUUUUUUAUCACCUUCUGCGGAUGCAUCGGAGCGCUACGAGAAAACAUUCACCUCCUUAAAACAUUUUCAUUUAGCCUCACCCUGGUCUUCCUCACCCAGCUGGCCAUAGCAAUCCUGGGAUUCUUCUAUUCUGACCAGACGCAGGAUGCUCUGGGGAGGUUUGUGAAGAAAGCCAUUGUGCAUUACCGUGAUGACCUGGACCUUCAGAAUCUCAUGGAUUACAUUCAGAAAGAGUUCAAAUGCUGUGGCUGGAACAACUACACCGACUGGUCCUGGAAUCUGUAUUUUAACUGCAGCCAGGGCAACCCCAGCACAGAGAGAUGUGCAGUGCCUUUCUCCUGCUGCACCCCAGUACCUGGAGAGAGUGUAAUCAAUACCAUGUGUGGUUUUGGGGUUCAGACCCAAAAGUACUUGGAGGCUGCCAGGUCCAUCUACCCUGUAGGCUGUGCAGACAGAGCAGUGAUGUGGAUUGAAUCUCAUCUUCUCCUAGUUGGGGCACUGGCUUUGGGUCUGGCUCUGCCACAGAUUGCAGGCAUCGUGCUGUCUCAGAUCCUCAUCUCUCAGAUCCAGAAUGAGAUCAACUCCAUGCUGUAGAGAUCACAGCAGAGAGGACUCCACAGCCAGCUCCAUUACAGUUAAAACAAUUAUUUAUACAUAUCAUUUUACAUUUUUUUUUAACACUUUCCCUCCCAGGUUUUGAG